AGAACUGCUAUGUUCGAGCAGUAGUAAGGCAAAAACGUUCUGAGGAAAGAGAAGUAUCUUAAACCCCACGUGCUUCAGUGAUGGGAACCAAACUGUUGUGGUGUCUCAUCUUCUCAUUAGCAAGUUCUUUACAAGCAUCAUCUUGGAACAACUUAAAUUGUCCAGCACCUAGAGCCCCCAGACAAUGGGUUGAGCUUCAUUUUCCGGAAUGGAGAACUAGUACAUUUCCGGUGCCAUCCCGGCUACGUCAUGAGGGGCAAAUCUGUAGCUUAUUGCGUCAACAAUGUGUGGACGGAGGCGGCACCAGAGUGCGUGCCUAUUCACAAUGGUUCACUUCAUUCCAGAAGGCGUACAGAGCCUCAUUUUUACAAAGAGAGGUACUUUCUGAAUCGAACCAAAGAUUCUGAAUCGCAGAACCAACGGGGCCUCUUCAAUUGGGGAAGCAAUCCCGAUGCCUACGGUACAAGGCAAAGCGUAUACGGAGAUGGACCUCGGAGAUUACCUCUCAUCAAUGGCAUUUGGCCUUCAGUGGAUCAAGUAGAGCAAGUGAUGGCUUUAGGUCCCCAAAGCACUCCUGGGCCUAAGAUAAUGGUUAAAGAAGAAAUUGACAUUGCUGAAUUGCGAAAUAAGCAGUUGGAGGAGUUAAGGAAGCAACGCUACAAAGAUGGCAUUUUUAGCAGUCAGAAGAAAACGGAAUCCAGCACAAUUGGGAAUUCAGUCUUGAUAGAUCCAUCCAUUCCUCGAGAGACGGUAGUUUCAUUAGUAAACACAGAAGACGGUGACGCUUUGUCCAUUGCCUUGUCUAAACCGAAUAAAGACGAAUUCAAGACACAUCGGAAGCACCGACACCGCAUGGGACGUAAAAGGAAGUUACGUAAACAUCCUACAUAUCCAAGCUACAUUGUGUCAAGGGAAUCUCGAGUAGAUACCAGUGGCAUUGCCCCACCGUAUGCAAUGUAUCAUUUCCGGCAUACACGCAAAAAUGGGGUUGAAGAGUUACGAAGAAGACCUAUUGAAAGUGUCCUGGCACCAUCUGAAGUUGCAAUCCUUGGAGAGUUUGAUACCUCUUGUGUUGAAUCUCUUCAUGGACGCGAAGUACCAAUUCUAGCUCCGCAAGUAAACCAUGCAUUUGUAUAUAGAUAUGAAACGAAGAAAAAUAAGCAAUACCCUUUUAACCGCUAUAUGCAAGUGAAAUACAGGUGCCUGAAUGACUUUGUUUUUGUAAAUUCAAAAGCGGAAAAGCUACGAUGCAAAGAAGGACGUUGGGUAGGUGAAAUGCCGCGUUGCAUUCAGCAGAGAAACUAGACGAUAUGUCUAAGAAUGACUAACUCAUUAACACCAAAUCAUUUUCGUCUAACCGCCGUGUCGGUUUUAAUUGAAAAAAUGAGAAAAGUUUUACAUAUUUUUAAAAUGAGUAUUCUGUGUUCAUAAAUAAAGUUAUGCCAUAUUUCUAAAGUUUAAUGACAUAAUGAAAGGCCGUUUUUUAUACAAAAAUUGAAAAUGCAAAAAGGUUACUUGGAAAUGUUGAAAUUAAAAAAUAUAGGAUAGGUCAUUUUGAUUUGAGUAAAAAUAAAUUUAAAUUGUUACAAACUAAGAAGUAAGUUGUUAUGUGCUAUUAGGAAGUAAGUUGUUAAGUUUUAUCAUAUAAUGUAUGCUUUUUAUGCGAAUCAUUGUAUGUGGAAGGAUGUUAAAAAGUACUUUGCAAAAUAAAUGUCAUCUGGGCACUAUACCUCGUAUUGCAAAGAUAUAUUGAAAUAUAAUCCACAUUGGAAUACAGUAACCAUAAUUUGUUCUCUAUAACCAUGUUGAAAUUUGAACGUGUUUAUAGAAAAUGUGAAAACCAGAAUGAAGACAUGAGAGAAACCAACAAACAUGACACACAUUGUGAGUGCACGUUAUCAAGCAGAAUCAAUGCGAGUAGGGAAAGAUAAAUAAUUUGUGUACAUGGUUCAUUCUUUAUUCUUUUGUUUUUACGACUAUUAAUAUGAAUCGGUAUGAAAUAAAUGAUACUUCUUGAACGAAAAUGAACAAUAAUAAUAAUAAAAAAAACA